AGGAGCCUAGAAAUGGAGUUUGAGGCUGCCUACCCACAGGCAUGGGUGGUGUAGCCAGGAGAAGCCUUUCCUCGCCCUCCACCCCGCCUCUUCCUCCUCUAGGAGGAGUCUAGUGACUGUCCUGGAUUGGAGGCGUUUGCAAAAUUGAUCCCGCUCCACUCCUCCUUGUUGGCCUCGGGCCUUUCCGUAGCUGCUGCUUGGGACCUCGAGAAUUUGGGAGGAAACUUUCAAAAAUGCAGACUUUGAUGAAAUAGAGACCCCCUUUCCGGCACCUACCACCGCGGAUGAAGUUCCCGGUGCAGCCACACAGGGAACUUUUAUCCCUCCGGUUUCCUCCUUGGCCUCUGUCGAAGAGUAACCCUGGCUUCUCCCAACCAAUUUAUCCUUCGGGGCGGGGAUUAAGCAGAUGAUUCCGCCGGCCCUGUUCCUGGGACUCCCACCCACGCGCUGCGUUUUGCUGUGAAAUGCAAGCGGGCGGCCUGCAGACACUGGGAUGGUCAGGACUAUGGGGGACAGAGCGGAAGCCAGGGACAGGCAGGGAACAUCUGGGACCGCUGGAGACGAGCUGCCUGCUCCCCGCACCUAUGCGCGCCGCUGGGUCUUCCUGCUGGUGGUCAGCCUCCUGAGCUGCUCCAACGCGAUGUUAUGGCUCAGUUUUGCACCUGUAGCAGACACCAUCGCACAGCUCUACUUCCUGUCCAUGGAACAGGUCAACUGGCUGUCACUGGUCUACCUUGUGGUAUCCAUCCCAUUUGGCAUGGCAGCCAUCUGGGUUCUGGACUCUGUUGGGCUCCGUGGAGCAUCUUUUGACUGUCCAUUCCUGCAGACUGUCCUGGGUGCGUGGUUGAAUUUUGCUGGGAGUUUGCUACGUGCUGUGCCCUGCUUGGAUGUCAGGAUCCCCAAUCCCUUUGCCUUCUUCAUGAGUGGCCAGAGCCUCUGUGCCCUGGCCCAGACCCUGGUCAUCUCUUCUCCAGCCAAGCUGGCUGCCUUAUGGUUUCCAGAGCACCAGCGAGCUACAGCUAACAUGAUUGGCACCAUGUCAAAUCCUCUGGGCAUCCUUGUGGCAAAUGUGCUGUCUCCUGCCCUGGUCAAGAAGGCCGAGGACAUCCCCAUGAUGCUUGGCAUCUACAUUGCCCCUGCUGCCCUUGCCUGUCUCUUGGCCACUACCUGUGUCUGGGAGAGUGUGCCUCCCAGCCCGCCAUCUGCAGGGGCUGCCGGCUCUACUUCAGAGAGUUUCCUCCACGGCCUCAAACUGCUCAUACAGAAUAAGGCCUAUGUUAUCCUGGCCGUAUGCUUUGGUGGUGGCAUUGGUGUCUUCUCCAGCUUCUCAGCCCUGCUGGAACAGAUCCUUUGUGCCAGUGGCUACUCCAAUGAGUUCUCAGGCCUCUGUGGGGCCCUCUUCAUCGUGUUUGGGAUUCUGGGGGCACUGCUUCUGGGCCUGUAUGUGGAUCGGACCAAGCACUUCACUGAGGCUACCAAGAUAGGCCUCUGUCUGACUUCCUUGACUUUCGUGGCCUUUGCUCUGGUGUCCCAGCUGCGGGGACAGACCUUGGCGUUGGCCGCCAUCUGCUCCCUCCUCGGGCUCUUUGGCUUCUCAGUGGCACCUGUGGUCAUGGAGCUGGCAGUUGAAUGCUCGUUUCCUGUGGGUGAAGGUGCCUCUUCUGGCUUGAUUUUUGUCCUGGGGCAGGCCGAAGGUGUGCUCAUCAUGCUGCUACUGACGGCACUGACUGUGCGGCGAACAGGUCCAUCCUUUUCAACCUGCCAGCAGGGUGAGGAGCCGCUAGACUGGACAGAGUCCCUGCUGCUGCUGGCCGGCCUAUGUACUCUUUUCACCUGUGUCUUGGUGCUCUUCUUCAACACUCCAUAUCGGCGCCUGGAGGCUGAGUCUGGAGGACCCUCUUCACCCAGAACAUGUGUCAAGGAGCCAAGGAUAAUAAGCCCUACCCAAGUGCCACCCCUUGAGACUCCUGGCUUGACACCUCUAGCUGGGGCCUUGCAGGAGGCUCCUGGCCCUGCUUCUCUCCACAAAAGACACUCAGGAUGGCCAGAGACAUCUAGCAGAAGCUUCUAGCAGAAGCUUGCCAGGGUCUCUUUGACUGUGCCAGCCACGCUAAGAGCUCUGACAGGGACACAGAGUCCUUAGCAUACCUAGAGCAUGACGGGAUGGCCUUUUUGUCCUCAGCUAGGCAGUGAUUAAUUGAAAAUACUGGUCAGUUAGGGUGGACCCUGGCCAAGCCAGAUUUGUAGUGGCUGCUGCAGGGAGGUCCUGUUUAGGGGCAGAGGGGGCGAGUGGGAGAUUCCUGGCAGGAGACUGAGGGAGUUCUGAGGGCUGUGGCAUGGCCAGUCUGAGAUAGACAGGUGUAGGAAGAUUUUUGUCUCAACUCUGUGACCAGACACUUAACCUGAUUCUAGGAUGGCACAGAAGGUGGUAAGCUUAUCUGAGCAGAGUGGGGAGCAGAAGGAUCUUAGGUUGACAUACCCCCUCCAGUGAACACUCCGCAGGCAGGUUCGUGUGUUCAACUUUAUUGAGCUGGUUGCAGAUUGCAGCCUGAAGAAUAGAGAAACUGCCUCCUCUGUGUGACAGAGUCUACAGCUCAGACCCUUGUAGUCCCAGCUACAUCAAUGAAGGCAAACUCCAGCACCUGAGUGAACCCGCGAUGGGUAGGGUAUUGCCGGGGACGUCAAGUUGGUGGUGGUAGGAAGGGGGAGAAACCAGUCUGCUGGGCUCCAGACCCAGACACAGUAAAUUUCAGGCAAUGAACUCCA